AUGCACGGUGCAAACCGGCGCGCUGACUACACAUGCGUCGCCACCGGCGACGGUAACAAUAAUACGGUUAUCGAUCAGAUCAUGUUGAGAUUCCGUCCGAUCGCUCCGAGACCGGCGACGGUUGAAAGCUCCGGUUACAUGUUACCUGCGAGUAAUCUCAAGAAGAAGAGAGUGAAGCGGAAGUACGUAAGAGUGAAGAAAAAGAUUAAUAAAGCCAGUGAGUGUAAUUUGAACAAAAUUUUGUUCGAUUCGAACGGAACCGUUGCGAUGAUCGAGAAUUGUACAAAUAAGGAGUUCGUUGUUGCAGAUCCGUUUCAGAAACCGUUACAGAAACCGUCGAACUGGAUCAGUUUCGAUCUAUCUGGAAACAAAAGUAGCAUGAAUAAUAAUAAUAAUAAUUUAUUUAAUUUUGAACCAGUGAAGAAGUUUUCACCAGAUCUGCAUGGAGUAGAUCUUGCAACGCCGGAGCAACGGCGGAAGGUAGUGGAGUCGUGGAUCACGGUGGAGUCGGUUAUCGGCACGUGUGAGGAUCGGCGGAUGUUAGGACACACGGAUAACGAGAUAUGGAAGAAUCUAGAAGUUGACAGCUGUCCAGGUUUUGUAUCGAACGGUUAUGAUGAGGUGGUGUGGGUGAAUCCGGCGUACCGGAGGAUGCUAGAUCUGGAUGGUGACGGUGGAGUGACGGUUGUGUGGCUGGUGGUGAAAGUUGAAAAGUCAACGGUGGUGAAAUAUCUGCCAGGUUUUUCAUGCAGAGUGAGGAUUGAGUACAGGUUGUGUGAGAAGAAGAGGUGGAUGAUGGUGCCUUGUGAUGUGUGUAAGAUGGAUUCGGGUGGGUUUGCAUGGUUGCUUGAUGUUGAAUUUGCUUUGAGCUUGGGGCCGUUGAAUCAAGUUUGCUAA